GAUUUUAAUAUGUGGAGUGAAGUUUAAAUUUGUUUCCCUGAGUGGGCAAACAGUGAAGAGGCGAUGGCGAUGGGCAGACCUCCGACGCCGGCAGGUACGAGCGCCAUGAACAUUGUUGCUGGCGCCGCUUCCACUAAUCUCAAGACAGUCCUAAUCACCGGAGUCAGCCGCGGCCUUGGUAAAGCCCUAGCACUUGAAUUGGCCAAGCGCGGUCAUACCAUAAUCGGCUGCUCCCGCUCCCCUGAAAAUCUCUCUGCUCUCCAAUCCGAGCUCGUCGCCGCCUCUGACAGCAGCACCAACGCUAACAGCCACAUUUUCAUGAAUGUGGACGUGAGGUCUAAUCGUAGUGUUGAGGAGUUGGCGCGUGCCGUAGUGGAGAAGAAGGCUAUUCCUGAUAUAAUUGUGAACAAUGCUGGGGCGAUAAAUAGGAACAAUAAAAUAUGGGAGGUUCCGGAGGAUGAAUUUGACAAUGUCAUUGAUACGAACAUCAAGGGUACCACAAAUGUGUUACGCAACUUCAUUCCAAUUAUGAUUGAGAACAAGCAUGGGAUAAUUGUCAACAUGUCAUCUGGAUGGGGAAGAUCUGCUGCUGCACAGGUGGCUCCUUAUUGUGCCUCAAAGUGGGCAGUGGAGGGUUUGACAAGGUCAGUUGCAAAGGAGCUGCCUCCUGGAAUUGCUGUUGUUGCACUCAAUCCUGGUGUGAUUAACACCGAUAUGCUUCAAUCAUGUUUUGGCACUUCAGCUUCUGUAUACCCAACUCCUGAGUCAUGGGCACCUAGGGCAGCUACUCUGAUUCUGCACCUUACGGUGUCUGACAAUGGCGCACCUCUCACCGUGUGAUUCAUGGACAUGGCUGUUAUUGUUUGGUUACUAUAUCCUGUUUUGUAGUAGUCUACAAAUAAAGUACUAAUAGAUAAUUUGUGUAAGCUAGAGUAGUGCCCUGAGAAAAUUUCUUUCUACCUGAGUGCACUUUAGUUUCUUUGGGACAGGAGAGAGAUAAAAUUAUAGUCGUCAAACAAUUCUGUGUUUUUGACAGUCAUAUUGUGCAAUGUAAGAUUUGGAUUGUAAUUGUUUAGUCCCAAUUUAAAGUACCCAUUAAAAAAUUACUUACAAA